GCCACACACGGACCGGCUCAUGGAGACCAGCCCCAGAACCGGCUCCUCAUCCUGGAGGGAAAGGACCGUGUUCAGACGAAUCAGCACGUGGAUCCCUGUUGGCUUUAAACAGGAGUUACUGGAGUUAUGUAAACUGGCUUUUCCUGUUAUGGCGUCCCAGUUCAUGGGUUUUGCAUUGGGAUUCGUCAGUACUGUUUUCUGUGGUCAUCUAGGGAAGGUAGAGCUGGCAGGAGUGUCUUUAGCCAUAGCAGUCACUAACGUUACAGGCAUAUCAAUAGGAUUUGGUUUGGCAUCAGCCUGUGACACUCUGAUUUCUCAGACCUUUGGAAGUGGCAAUCACAUGAGAGUUGGAGUCAUUCUGCAGCGGGCUAUCUUUAUUUUGUUACUAGCAUGUUUCCCUUGCUGGGCGAUUCUUAUCAACACAGAGCCCAUUCUGUUGUUGGUCAGACAGGAACCAGAAGUUGCAAGGCUAGCUCAGACGUAUGUGCAGAUCUUUAUGCCAUCGCUUCCAGCUGUUUUUUUGUAUUCACUAGAAGCAAGAUAUUUGCAAAACCAGGGCAUCAUAUGGCCACAGGUCAUCACUGGCUUUGUGGUCAAUCUUCUUAAUGCUCUAAUCAACUACAUUGUCCUGUUUCCAUUAAAGCUGGGAGUAGUUGGCUCCGCUGUUGCCAAUAGUUUUUCUGAGUUUGCCAUGGCUGCAAUUCUCUUUGCCUAUAUGAUGUGGAAAGGACUUCAUAAGGCUACCUGGGGAGGCUGGUCUAAAGAAUCCUUGGCAGACUGGGGUUCAUUCAUCCGCUUGGCCAUUCCCAGCAUGGUCAUGUUGUGUGUUGAGUGGUGGACAUAUGAAAUUGGUGGUUUUCUAGCAGGUCUUAUAAGUGAGGUGGAACUUGGAGCUCAGUCAGUUGUCUACCAACUGGCCAAUGUGGCAUAUAUGUUCCCAUUAGGUUUCAGUGUGGCGGGCAGUGUAAGGGUUGGAAAUGCUUUGGGAGCUGGAGAUUCACAACAAGCCAAGCUCUCUGCUCAAGCGACACUAUUCUGUGCAUUUUCAAUCUCUUCAUGCUUGGCAAUUUUCUUUGAGAGCCUGAAGAACUACAUCUCUUAUGUUUUUACAUAUGAUGAACAAAUCAAGGAAAGGGUUUCUGAUGUUAUGGCUUUUUAUGCUCCAUUCAUGAUCCUAGAUGCAUUAAAUGCUGCCAUUGGAGGUAUUAUAAGAGGAGCAGGAAAACAGAGAGUUGGGGCAAUUUGCAACUUUGUGGGUUUUUAUUGUAUUGGUUUUCCAAUUGGAAUUCCUCUCAUGUUUGCAGCCAAACAAGGAAUAAUGGGUCUUUGGACUGGUAUUUUUACCUGUGUGUCUCUGCAAUGUACAUUCAUGAUCAUUUACUUAAUAAGAAUGAACUGGAGGGAAAUUACAACUGAGGCUCGGAUUAGAGCAGGGGUUGUAGACAACUCUACAAACACAAAUACCCAAUCAGAUGAUGCAGGAAAGUCAGAUGGACAAACCAUGGACCUGGUUGACAACGAGCAGCUCCCACCUUCAGGGAUGGAGAUAAAAAUAACAUCUCACAGGAUUCUGGUUCUGCGCAGAGGCCUGAUUCUGGCGCUCAUGCUGUUCAUUCUCGCUCUUGGAAUUAUUACCAAUUUACUGAUCACUAAUUUUGUGACAUGAAUGUUGCAACAUAGUUUUAUUCAGUGGAGUAACUCUUUGUUAUCAGUGCAGGAUGUGAUGUCGAUUGUUGCGUUACAGAGCACAGAGUGAAAUUGUGUUUGAUCACUAAAAUGAUCUCACAGUGUAUUCACAAUACUCACUGUACUAUUGCUGAAUACUGAGGGAUAAUGAUAGGGAUUCAAACUGAAGAGAGUUUUAGAAUGUUCGGGUAAAUUAUAUUAAACUGAGACAUUGACAU